AUGAGCCGAAAAAGGUUCAUAGAAACGGUUAUCUCUACGGCAACUUCUAAUUCUGCCUUCCGGCAUCUGCCUCCGCCGCUACCGUUAUGUUUACCGUACGUCACCAAUUCACAACGAAAGGAAGCCAAAGUGCUCUGUCGAAGAGCUAAAUGGGCACCCAAGCAACCCGACAAUUCACCAUUGGUUCGCUAUUCUCCUAAGGAAGUCGAGGAGUUGAUGUUCUUGAACGCAUGUGCUAGAGACUACAAUCUGGUGUGGAAUAUCGCCCAACUCAUCAAACUGGAUCCAAUAUCUCUGCGAUACCAGACUCCCUCCGUCUAUUUGUUACUCUUGCUGCUGAUAACUGCUAAAGGUGAUACCUCCCAGGCAAUGCUAGCACUCAAUUUGUAUGCGGAGCUAUAUAGUGGGUCAAGAAAGCUUACUGAAGAAGAAUCCAACUUGGCUGCUCAACUUGUCUUCUCCAUCCUCAGGAAGUGUUCUGACUUUACCUUGCUACUCCCGCUAAAAUCCAUAUAUGAGAGUAUCAUGGUAAAUCAUCUAGAUUGUGAAAUACAGUACAUUGGUGUGACAAUGGACAUCCUCAUGAAUUCUCGUCAAUACAACAAGACCUUGGAUCUAUUUGAAAAUUACAUGACGGGGUUGAACAAGACAGAAAUCAAGGCAGCUCUCACGAUACUACCAGUCUUGAAGCUUUUCAAAUAUAUGUGCACCGUGCAAGAUUGUGAUCGUUUAGCAAAAUGGCUCAAAGUUCUUGUAUCUAGCGGAGACACCCUCCUUACAGCGGCGGACUGGUCGACAUUUCUUGGUCUCGCACUUUCACUCAACAACUAUGACCUUGUCAAACUCAUUUACGACCACUGGAUCAUGGCUGGGUUGGAUAGCCAACUCUCAGUAGAGGAUGUUGUGCUCGACAAUAAAAUCUGGACACUCCAAUCGCAGAAUUCCAUCUUCCAGUCACUUAGCGAUAGUUCCGUUUACCAAAUUUUGCAUACUCUCGCAUCCCAUGGCGAUGUCGAGCUGACCCUAAACCUCAUAGAAUGGCACUAUAUACACAAGACCUUGAAGGGAGACAGAGCACUUACAAAGGAGCUAUGCGUGGACAUAAUUCAAUCAUAUUGUUUUUUCAAUGAUCCAGAUAGUCAGAACAAUGAUCACUCCAUGGAAAGAGUCUUGGAUGUCCUAGACAGUUUCGCAUCCAGAUCCAAGGCGAACUUCGAGCUCUCUUAUAAGGACGUAUCAGAUGCGGUUUCCCACAAGAUACACAAUUACAAAGUUGCAGACGAAAACGUGAUCAAAGCACAGCAGAAGGAGAUGGGAACAAUUGAGUUCAUAGAAAGUUCCAAUCAAGAAAGCGUCAGCUCCCUGGCGGACCUACCGAGGAAAAUAUCGAACAGGAACAUUAAUGACUCUGGGCAUGGAAAUCCACUCCUCAACACAGAAAACCUCCAAGUGUUUAUUGAGACACAUAUCGACUAUUUAUUGAAGAAAUCUGUCAAUCCAGCCACGAUCCAGCUCUUUGUUAAUUGCAUCAUAAACCAUCUCAACAAGUUCCAGAAUUGUUCUGGCAUAAUUGUGGCUCUCAAUACAUUAAAAUCCAAGAACUUCAAUUUCAUCAACGAAUGGCUCAACAGCGACCUGUUUGAAAUUUUUGUGAGGUCUAUUGCCAAUUCGCCUGCGGCGAGACUCACGGGACAAGAACUCUACCAAUACUUGAAACAAAGGGGAGCAAUCUCUCAGCAGCAGCAUCUCAACUUUAUCUUCUCCAGUCUCCGAGACCUGAACUAUCACCCGCUAUUCGAAUACUAUGUCUUUGAGUACUUGAUGUUGUCGCCUGCCAAAAUCAGUUCCCAACUUAUACAACGUAUCUCGAGCUUCUCCCAUCUUGAUCACAGAGGCAGGAUUGUGUUGGAGUUUUUGGAGUCGGAGAUGGUUCCCGGAGAAGACGAAAUAAACGAAUACUGGCAAUCUAAUGGACUCAACAAGAAUCCUGAUGUUACUGUCUAUGUCGAAGAAUCCAUCUACGGGAAAAUUGAUGCUCGUGACUGCAAGUAUCUCAAGCACGUACUAACCUAA